AUGACCCGUGCACAUAUCAGAUAGUGUUAGCCACCGACUGCAACCAAAACCAUCAGCAGCUCAUUCAGCUGCGACAAAACUUCCUGUUAUUUGUUGGAUAUUUUCUCCUUUUAAGUUCUUUGUGAGGUCGAUUUAGUGGGACUUUCAUCAGCUCUGCUGUUUUCAACCUUUUUUUAAUUUAUUCUUGGUCAUUUUGAUGCAAGCUUCUUUUCAAAGACCUGAUAUCAGAAGUUGGACCUGAGCUCAUGUGGCUUGAAAAUCCUAUCCUUCACCAAAAUCUGGAUUGGCCUUUAGUCAGAGGUUCAGACAGAUAUUUAUUUCCUCAUUUCUACAUCUUACAUCAUCUAGUAUGGGCAGACAUCGCCUUGUGGACAGCUUUUUUCUGAUUCUCCUGAUUAGUUUAACAAAUGCUGGAAUUGUCCAAAAGAUCCUGCGACAUCGACGAGAGACCCUGUCGCCUCCCAAAGAACAUAAUCUCACCAUCCCCAGCGCUGGACACCCUGUUGUUUUCAGCCACGUGUAUAACAUCAAUGUUCCUGCCAGUUCCUUGUGCUCUGUGGACCUGGAUGCACCAGAGAGCACUAAACUCCAUCCCAAGGAUGUAGCAGCAGGCCACCACAUCACUGAACACACGCUUGAUGGGGAGAACCAGAUCGUCUUCACCCAUCGUAUCAACAUCCCUCGACAGGCUUGUGGUUGUACCGAAGAUCUGCCCGGCCUGAAGGAGCUCAUGAGCCGACUAGAAAUGCUUGAAGGAGAAGUUUCAGCUUUGAGAGAUCAGUGCAGCAGUGAAGGGGCCUGCUGCAGUGCACAAGUUUCAGGAGAAAUGGGGACCAAACCUUACUGCAAUGGCCAUGGAAACUACAGUGCUGAAACGUGUGGUUGCAUAUGUGAGCCUGGUUGGAGGGGAACCAACUGCACUAAGCCUGAUUGUCCUGGUGGUUGCCAGGACCGAGGUCGCUGUGUGGAAGGAAAAUGUGAGUGCUUCAAGGGCUUCUCCGGGGAGGACUGCGGGCUUAAAAGCUGCCCUAUGGGCUGUGGUGCCCAUGGCCACUGUGUGGGUGGUGUUUGCGUCUGUUCAGAUGGUUUUUUUGGAGAAGACUGCUCUCAGAGUCGAUGCUUGAACAACUGCUUGGGCCGCGGUCACUGUGAAGAUGGAGACUGUGUGUGUGAUGAACCUUGGACGGGCUUUGACUGCUCUGAACUCAUCUGCCCCAAAGACUGCUAUGACCGCGGACACUGCGUGAAUGGCACUUGCUACUGUGACGAGGGCUUUGGCGGAAAGGACUGUGGUCAGCGCACCUGCCCCAACAACUGCAGGGGCAAUGGGUUUUGUGUUGAUGGUAAAUGCAUUUGCUCUGCAGGUUACAGUGGUGAGGACUGCACUCAGCUCACCUGCCUCAACAACUGUAAUGGCAGAGGCACAUGCUUCAAUGGGAUGUGCAUUUGUGACUCAGGCUACCAAGGUGAAGACUGCAGCCAGUUAGCAUGCCUGAACAACUGCAACAGCAGAGGCCAGUGCAUAAAUGGACAGUGUUCAUGUGAUGUUGGCUUCCAGGGAGACGACUGCUCCGAGCUUUCCUGCCCCAGGAACUGCCAGCUGAUGGGACGCUGUGUUAACGGUCAGUGUGUAUGUGACGAAGGCUAUGCCGGUGAAGACUGCAGUAUUCUCGUCUGCCCCUCAAACUGCUACGCCCGGGGGGAGUGCAUUGAGGGACGCUGCGUGUGUCACGCAGGCUAUGCCGGUGAAGACUGCGGUGAUCUGAGCUGUCCCAACAACUGCAGAAAUCGUGGCAGGUGCAUUGACGGGCAGUGUGUCUGCGAUGAAGGAUUCAGUGGAGAGGACUGCAGUCAGAAAGCUUGUCCCAAUGACUGCCUGGCACAGGGUCACUGUCACGAGGGCAAAUGUGUUUGUCAGGAAGGCUACACCGGAGAGGACUGCUCUGUCCUUACGUGUCCAGAUAACUGCAACAAAAGAGGGCGUUGUGUCAAUGGAAGGUGCAUCUGUGAGAGUGGAUAUGAGGGAGAAAGCUGCUCAGAGCUGAGUUGCGUCAACGGCUGCCAGGACAGAGGUCGCUGCGUGAGCGGUCAGUGUGUCUGUGACGAAGGAUAUAUUGGGGAGGACUGCUCAGAAGUGUCACCUCCAAGGGACUUAAAGGUCGGUGAAAUCAGCACAGACACUGUGGACCUAUCCUGGAACAAUGAGAUGCUGGUCACAGAAUACCUUGUCACAUAUGUGCCCACCAGUCCUGGAGGUCUUCUCAUGGAGUUCACCGUGCCUGGAGACAAAACUGCUGCAACUGUAAAGGAGCUUGAACCUGGCAUUGAGUAUCUGAUCAAUGUCUACGCUGUCCUGAGCAAUAAGAAGAGCAUUCCUGUCAGUGCAAGGGUGGCUACAGAGCUCCCACAGCCAGAAGGGUUAAGAUUUAAAUCAGUGAGAGAGACUUCAGUAGAAGUCUUGUGGGACCAGCUGGACAUCUCCUUUGAUGCCUGGGAGAUUCAUUUCCGAAACACGAAAGAAGAAAAUGGAAAAGUGGUGAGCACUGUCCUGCCUUCCCAAAACCAGUACCUCCAGUCUGGGCUGGGACCAGGACAGGAGUAUGAGGUCUCCAUCAACAUCAUCAAGAACGACACCAGAGGACCCCAAACAUCCAAAAAAGUCACCACCAUGAUCGAUGGUCCCCGGCAGGUGGCAGUGAAGGAUGUCACAGACUCCUCAGCUCUGGUCAGCUGGUCCCUUCCUGUGGCUCCCACAGACAGAGUCACCAUGGUUUACAUGCCCAGCUCAGACCUCUCAGACCAAACCACGGUGGAGAUUUCACCACCUGACAAACAGUACAGCAUUGAUGGUCUGAGGCCAGAUACCAAGUACAGUGUGUCACUCAUUUCAAGGUGGGGAGAUGCCUCCAGUGAUCCUGUCACCUCUACAUUUAUCACAGCUCUGGAUGCCCCUAGAGACCUGCAGGCUGUGUCUCAAACAGAUGACAGCAUCACUUUGGAGUGGACCAGCAGUCAGGCUGAUGCUGACAGUUUUCGGGUGAAGUACAGCCCCAUCUCUGGUGCCACUCACGGAGAGGAGAUGUUCCCAAGAGGCCCGGGACACACCACCCAGGCAACCAUCACUGGUUUGAGACCAGGGACGGAGUAUGGGAUUGGAGUGACAGCUGUGAAGAAUGAAAGAGAGAGCCUCCCUGCUACAACAAAUGCAGCAACUGACCUGGAUCCCCCCAGAGGUUUUGAAGAAAUAAAAUCCACUGAGACGUCUCUCACUUUAAGGUGGCAAAAACCUCAGGCUAAAGUUGGUCGGUACAGGCUGGUGUACGUCUCCAGAGAUGGCCAGGUUGAGGAGGUGGAGAUCCCAGUCACAGAAACCACACACAGCCUGUCCAAUCUGACUCCUGGAAUGAGCUACAGCUUCAGUCUGACCGCCGAGAGAGGACACAGGAGGAGCAGACCUGUCUCCCUGUCAGCAUCCACAGCCUUUUUCACAUUUUAUUCAGCUGACUCAGACAACCAUGAGCUAACGACUCCUUCAGGCUCGGAGGAAACUGUCAGUAGUUUUGUGUAUUUAGAGCCGUCUGAAUCGCAGUUUUCUGGGGCAGAGCCUGAGGAUGAGGCGGGAACACUGACUGUUUCCAGGAUCACGUCUGACGGAUUUGACCUCCUUUGGAAACUAAAGGCUCACAAUGUCUAUGAUUAUUAUGUUGUGCAAUAUAAAGACACUCAGCAAUUAUUGGAUGUGGGAGAAGUCAGACUUCCUGGAGAUGCUCAUGGGUCCAGAAUCAGUGGCCUGAAGGCAUCGACUGAGUAUCACAUAAAGUUAUAUGGGAUGACGAGUAGCCAGAGAGCUGCACUGCUUGAAGCUGUUGCAGUUACAGCACCAUCAGAUGUUCAUACGCUGAGCAUCAACGAAGCUCCAGCCACACAGUCUGCUCUGGAGAAUGAAAAGCCUGAUCCCCUCCUUCCUUUAAACAAUGAAAGCUUUUCUCCUUCUGACGCUGGUGGGAUGAGCUCUGGGGACGAGGCUGAAGGCUCACACAUGCAGCUCCCUGACCUCUCAGUCAGUGUUACCACCACAGCUGUAAGCCUGGCAGGGUCAGCACCUGAUGAGGUGUUUAACAGCUUUUUGGUGGAGCCGACUGCUCCGUCAGCAGCAGCACAGCCUAAUGUGACCAAACUACCAGGAAGUGUGAGGACAGCUGAAACAGAGGGUCUGACCUCCUACACUCACUAUAACAUAACGCUGCAGGGGCUGGUUGAAGAGACACCAUCUUUACCUCUAAGCUCUUUUAUUACUACAGCAGAGAUGAAGCCAACAAUAGGUAACCUCACCAUCUCGGACAUUUCUUGGGACGGGUUCACUGCAUCCUGGAGCCCCACAGCAGGCGGGGACUUUGACAGUUUUGUCAUUGAGGUAACAAACAUGGAGAAUUUUGUGGAGAGCCAAAACCUCACUUUGUCUGGAGACGCUUUGAGCCUGGGUAUCUCUGGCCUGAACCCCAACACCAGCUACAUGGUUGGCCUGUAUGGGAUGCAUCAGGGCUCCGUCCUUGAGCCCCUGUACAUUGAAGCCACCACAGUGACUCAACCUGUGCUUGGAAAACUUUAUGUUUCAAACGUAACAUUUGAAAGCUUUACAAUCCACUGGAAUGAAACGGAAAGAGAGUAUGACGGUUUUAUCCUGGAGAUUAUUGACUCUGAUUGGCUGAAGGAGCCAAAGGAAUAUAACAUAUCCCAUAAUGUAACGUCUCUUGAUGUCUCGGGUCUCAGGCCCAGCACUCAUUACAUAGCCUACCUCUAUGGGACGUACAAGGGAUCUCGAACAAGUGCUGUCAGUAUUGUUGCAUCAACAGCUGAAGAGCCCGAUUUGUUCAAGCUAGUUGUUUCUAACAUUACCUCAGACAGAUUCUGUCUGUCGUGGCGAACAGGAGAGAAAGAGUUUGAUCAGUUUGUAGUAGAAGUCAGAGAGUCUGCUUUGCCCUCGCAGGCAAUGGGGCGCACUCUGCCAGGAGACGUUCACUCCACAGUCAUGGCCGGGCUCAAAGCUAACACGAGCUACAACAUCAAACUUUAUGCCAGUGAAGUUGAUGGUCAGAACACACCGCCUCUGUUCUCUGUAGCUACAACAGAGGACGUCCCACAGUUGGGGCCUAUAGCUGCUUCAUCUACGAGCCCUCAUAACCUCAGCUUGUACUGGAGCACUGAGUCAGGUCACUUUGAUGGCUUUGUUGUCCGAGUCAGUGACUCUGAGCAGCAGUCUGACACACUGGAGCUCAGGCUGUCUGCAGAGGUUCGAAACACAACAUUCACAAACCUGAUGGAUGACACAAGCUAUGAUAUUGAACUUUACGGUAUUUCUCAUGGGCGCCACACUUCCUCAGUAUUUGCUAAUGCUGUGACAGCUCCUUUACCCAAAGUGGAAAACUUGACCAUUUCUAACGUAACCCCCUACGGUUUCCGUGUGUCCUGGGAGGUAAGGCAGCCUCCGCAGCAGCAGGGUGAGUUAACGCCCUCUAGUGGUGGUUUCAGCCACUUCCAGAUAGUGGUGACCGACUCAGGCUGGCUGCUGCAGCCCCAGGAGUUCACUGUCCCAGGGAACCAAGACCACCUGAACAUCUGGGGGCUCAUCACCGGCAUAGGUUAUGAGGUCAAGCUGACAGGGGUGUCAGAGUCAGGGCUCCUCUCUCGGCCCCUGACUGCAGUGGCUGUGACAGAGGCUGAACCGGAGGUGGAGCAUCUCUUCAUCUCGGAUAUCACAGCUGACAGUUUCCGUCUGUCGUGGACAACCGAUGAAGACCUGUUUGACAGAUUUGUCAUCAAAGUCAGAGACAGUAAAAGAUUAGCUCAUCCUCAGGAAUUCAAUGUUCGUGGCGACAAGAGAACAAAGGUCAUAACUGGCCUCAUGAGUGGUACCGAGUAUGAAAUCGAGCUUUAUGGUGUCACGGUGGACCAACGCUCCCAACCCAUUACAGGGCUUGCUCAGACAGGUCUGAGUGCUCCAAGAGGACUUCAUUUCUCCGAAGUGACAGACUCUACAGCCAUAGUUCACUGGUCCAGCCCACGCUUUACUGUGGAUAACUACCGCAUCACCUACGUGCCUUUUGAAGGAGGAAGCCCAUUGAUCGUCACGGCAGAUGGCAGCGUGUCCGAGAGGCUGCUGGUCGAUAUGGUUCCUGGAAAGAGCUACCAAGUUACCGUGAGCGCGCUGAAAGGUCUGGAGGAGAGUGAGCCCAGCUCAGGCGCUGUAACCACAGCUUUGGACAGCCCGCGAGGUGUGACUGCAGUGAAUGUCACUGACACGUCAGCUCUGCUGCUGUGGCAACCAUCUGUAGCCACCGUGCAUCACUAUGUCGUAACCUACAGUGCUGAUUCAGUGUCUGAAAUGGUGGAGCAUGUUUCUGGGAACACAGUGGAGUUUGAGAUGAACUCCCUGCUUCCAGGUUCACAUUACACGGUUGGUGUUUAUGGUGUGAAAGAAGCUCAGAAGAGUGCGUCUGCUCUUACCGAAUUCACUACAGACGUGGACCCUCCUCGUGACCUGACAGCUGUUAACAUUCAAACUGACAGCGCCACUCUGACAUGGAAACCACCUCACGCUGCAGUCACUGGUUACAUGCUCACCUUCUCCUCAGCUGAUGGUGGAAUCAGAUUGGACAGAUGUAUGCACGGCCGAUGGACUGUGCUCAGAUUUAUGUGAACGGAGAGACGACCUCUGGUCUUUACACUAUUUAUAUCGGAGGGGAGGAGAGUCAGCCCAUUCAGGUUUACUGCGACAUGACCACAGAUGGUGGAGGCUGGAUGGUUUUGCUCAGACGCCAGAACGGAAAGCUGGAAUUCUUCAGAAACUGGAAAAACUACACUGCUGGCUUUGGUAACAUGAACGAUGAGUUCUGGCUGGGUCUCUCCAACCUCUACAAAAUCACAUCAUUGGGACAUUAUGAGCUGAGAGUGGACCUGAGAGACAACGGGGAGUCGGCAUAUGCGCUGUAUGACAAAUUUAUCCUUGCUGAGCCAAGAACACGCUAUAAACUCUACUUAGGAGCGUAUAGUGGAACUGCAGGUGACUCCAUGGCUUACCAUCAUGGCCGACCUUUCUCCACCUACGACAACGACAACGAUAUUGCCGUGACAAACUGUGCCCUGUCCUACAAGGGAGCGUUUUGGUAUAAAAACUGUCAUCGAGUCAACCUCAUGGGGAAAUAUGGUGACAACAGCCACAGUAAGGGAAUUAACUGGUUCCACUGGAAAGGCCACGAACACUCAAUCGAUUUUGCAGAGAUGAAGAUUAGACCAGCCAACUUCAAAAACUCUGAGAACCGAAAAAAACGAUCAUAGACUCCUGAACCCCACCCCUACCCCCCACUCCACACUCCUGCUGCUGCACCUCAGCUCCACUCAUCAGUGUACUCCCGUUUUCACAAAGUCAUUUUUAAAGAUGCACUCAUAACAACACAGGAUCUCUGAUCAGAAUUCUGAUCUGGCUUUGGCUAAAGACCUCACUAUCAUAACACCAAAGACUCAGUCCACCGUUAACUGUUAGCUGUUAGCUUGUAGCAGUACUGAUUGUGAAGCUGUUGUGUGAUUGUGUUCCUGAAGAAGUUAGAUGUAGAUUUGAAAUAGUGUUUUGUUGAUUUGAGUUGUGUCAAUUAAAAAAAACAACAGAUUUUGGUACAUGGUAAAUAAGAUCCACUCUCAGCAGCAUGUCACAUCCUCUGCAGGGACAUUGCAUGUUGAACUAGUUUAUUAGUUGAUUUUUUUUUUCAUGAACAAAAGUUGAUUUAAUUGAAAAGCCUAGCAUUCCUUGAAGGAAUACUGACAACCAGAGUUAUCUAGGAUCAUCUUAGCUGAUAAAUGUUGAUAUUGUAGUCAUUUUGGUUAAACUUGAAAAUCACAGUUUUUUUGCCGUCUCAUGCCAUAUUUUGAAAUAUCGUACUCAAAGUACGUUUUGUGAUUGCACUUCAGCUACUACGACAUUAUAACUUAGCUUAGAUUCUGUAAAACUGACUGAUUUAGAGCCGUUUUUGUGUUUUCUAAAAAUCAGAUGGAUGUUAAUCCAUGAUAGAUGUACAAUUAAUUAUAGUUUGCUGGAAGUUUAAAAAAAAAUCACUGGUUUAUUCACCUUGCACAAAGAAUAGAAUGGUUUGAAGAUGACUCUCAGCUACUACCACACCGAAGUGACUGACAUUUAUUUGUGUUUUGUAAGAUUGCUUUGCUGUGGUGGCCAUCUUAAGUUGGAUUGAUUCCAAUAAUAAUAAUGAGUCGUUGAUGUGCAUUUGGUGAUAAUUACCUGAAAGGUCCAUUAAAAUCUAUUCAGUUUGAAUUAUGCCUUCCCCUUUGAUGGUGGACAACAUUAAACAUACAUUUAAAAUAUAAAGUUCAUUCAGCAGCAAGUUUCUUGUCCAUAUUUGAAUUGAGAUGUUUUUUCUCAGUUGUUUAAAGAUUUGGUGCUCUGUAACCUUCAGUACAAAUAAACAUGUUGGUUUUCAUA